AUGACAUCUUUUCAUGAUGUUAUGCGUGGAUCUAGUUGGGAAAUAUGUGUAUAUGCUUUUUUAUUAGGAAUUGCUAAAGCAAAUACAUUUUUAACAUUUAAAAAAUGGAAUGAAGAAGGAUAUAAUAUAUCAUAUUUUGAUUUUAGACGAUUAUUAGCAGAUGAAAUGGAUAGAGAAAUUUUUUCAGAAAAUGAAAUUUU